UUCUUUAAAAGUUCAGGACUUUUGUGGGCAUCCUUCCCAUGAUAUCAUUUUAAAUUUACAAUUCAGUUUUGUUCUGCACAAAACAAACUCAUGGGUCUAGAAACUUGGAGAUUUUGAGACAAAAGAGGGAAAGUCCAGUUGAGUACUUCUGCAACGUUUGUAUGGUGAUGAAAAUGAUAGCCACAAAAUCAGCUCUAUGCUACUCUUUUGUAUGUGUUAGAGAAGAGGAACACUACAAGCGGUUUGGGAGCAGGUAUGAGAAAGAUCAGACACCUAACUAGAUCUGUAUGCUCUGUCAGUAGAAUGCACCUCUCUUGCAACACGGUCCUGUAGACAAGAAACACAGCCUUGAAAAUGAACUUGAGCACCAUUUUCCUAAUUAUAUCCCUGAUGAUUUUCUCCUUUGGCCUGAAAGAACCCCUGUCUCAGCCACAACUCAUUGAAACUUGUUCCAACAAAACACUGAUCUGUGAGGUGAAAUCUGGUAAAAACCAAAAUAUCAAAUUCAACAUGUUUGAAAAUGACAAGGAAUUGACAAAUUUCCAACAUGUCUAUAGCAAUGGAAUAUGGAGGGUGACACUCCGAGAAAGAAAACUUUUGGGGAAAUUCAGCUGCAAGGUGGACAAUGGUGUCAGCAAACAACAGACUGAAAAACAAAUCAACUGUUCAGAAUCAGCCUUUCAUAGAAGAGAUAUGUUUGUCAUCCUGUGCAUUGGAGGAGGUGCAGUCUUCAUCAUUGCUCUUGCUCUGCUUAUUUACUGCAUCAGAAAGAAGAGAAGAGAAAGACGAGAAGUGGAAGCUCAGGAAAGAGCACUGCUGCAUGCCCGGAUUGUGGAUGAUGAGUUGAAAAAUCGGAAACUUCCUCAGCCUCCAAUUAAUGCUGUCCCAGACCAGCCACACCACCACCAAAUGCCGCCUCCGCCUCCAUCUGAACUGCAACAACAGGCUAGACCUCCUCUGCCCAGGCCCAGGCCUCAUUAGAAACCACCAUGACACAUGACAGAAAAACCAUAAACAUUCAAGUGUCCCACUUCCUAUACUUGUGCAACAUUUGAUAGGCAAUUAUAAAUUGCCCAGCCCUGAAAUAUGAUUUCUGCAAAGCAACUGUGCUGAAGAUCAGUGUAUAUUCAGUGUCUUAAGGAGAUACCCAAUGAAAGAUGUGAAGACAACAGCCGCAGUCCAUUCUUACCUUGAGAGAUUAAAAACUAUCAUAUAUGGCCACUGAGCUCUGAAAGCGGCUUCCUCUUUUGCUACCUGGAUUUUAUCUUCCUUUGCUACCUUCUACUCUGACAUAUUAUGCCUGCUCUGCUACCUCCACACCAUCCUCUUUGCCAUUCCUUGAAAGAGGGAAGAAUCUGUCAGUUUUCCAGCUUCAAAGCUACUUCAUUCACAGUGCCUGUUGCACAAUGCAGCAUCUGAGAAGGGAUGGGCUUGCACAGUCUUAGGGCAAGGAAGGGGAAAUCUGACCCGUUUCCACCAGAUUUUUUUUUUCUUUUCAGAAUAAAGCAGCAACCUUCUAUGUGUCUCCUCACGGUGUACUCCUUAGUGAUUUCCUACUCUUCUUUUUUCUCUUAUUCCUAUUUCAUUUGACUAUCUAAAGCGCAACAUUUCUGUCACCAGGUGUAAUCCAUUGCAGCAAACUGAAGCGCACAAUUAGAUGCUUGUGGCCACAAGCUUUAAGCACAUUUUCUUAAGUCCAUCUUAUUAUUAAUGGACAAUGUGAAAUAGUGAUCAGUGUUGGACUAGGAGCUGGGAGACCAGAUUUCAAGUCCCAACUUGGUUGUAAAGCUCACUGGGUGACCUUGGGUCAGUCACCAACUCUCAGCUUAACCUAUCUCACAGGGUUGUGAGGAUAAUAUGAAGAGGAGAGUACCUGUGCAUGCCAUCUUGAGAUCCUUGGAAAAAAGGGUGGGAUAUAAAUGCAACAAUAAAUAAAUAAAUAAAUAAAUAAAUAAAUAAAUACAUACAUGCAUACAUACAUGCAUACAUACAUGCAUACAUACAUACAUACAUACUUUCAGAGUAAACAGGAUCAAAUCACAUAAAAGUCACAUUGGUUUCACUAGGAUCAUGACUCAUUAUACAGCCAUGACAGUGGCUGUAUACUAUAGCCAGUGUGGAUUUUUCACAUUCCGCAAUGUUAAAUUGAAAAUACCCCCCUUCCCAUUCUGAUGCUUCCCAUAAGCUCAUUUGAAAACAAAACCAUACAAAACGUAUAGUCCUGAACUCAGAAACGCUUGCUUAACAACCCUCUAAAUUUUCAUGGUGAUACACAAAACAGUCAGAGAGAAUUGAGAGUUCAAAGUCUAAAAAGAGAGAGAAAAACCCCAGAUCCCUUUUGGGAUUUUUCUGUCAGAGUUCUCAUAAUCUGUUGAAAUUCAUUAAAAAUCAGUCAUGUUCACAGAGUACCUGUGAUCCUGAUACUGACCUUGCCCCAUACUCUGACCUUCAUGCAGCUCUGUGAGGGGAACAGGGCAUCUCCUAGCAACUCUGAACACCCUUCACUAACUAAACUUCCCAGGAUUCUUUGGGAGAAGCCAUGACUGUCUGAAGUGAAAUAACAGUCUGGUGUGAAUGUGGCCAGGGACAGCUUUGGUUUAAAUUUGAGUGGGAGGCUACAUGUGUCUGCUGUAGAAUAAAAAGGUGGGGGAAAUGCUGAAAAGCAAUGAUACUGUUCACAAUGUUUUCCUUUUGGAAAGGAAAGGGGCUUCCCCUCUGCCCAGUGCCCACCCAUCCAAUCUCCUUCCUCUUCCUCUCCCAGGUCAGCUUUACCUAUCUUAAGCAUGAUUGCAAGGGAGUAAAUACCACUGAACUCAAUAAGCAUGCAUAUGAUAAAAUCUCCCCUCCCCUCCCCUUCCUUUGCCUCUCCUCCUCCAAUCCCCUUCU